GACAACAUAUCGGUUUGACUUGUGAGAUGGCAGUAAGGAAGCACCUAUAUGUGUUUGUGGCGUGUAGUCGUCGUGUGUGCGCCCUCAAACGCCUACAGCGGAGAGAAAAGUCCGGAUAAAAAGGGUAACAGUUUGACGGAGCUCGGCUCCGGAAAACGAGUGCGCUCUUUGCGCACUCCUGGCACCGGCACUCUCAGGCCACGAGGAGAGUCCAGCGCCAGUCGGGGAAUGACGGAAAGUUUAGCGGCACUCCGUCACAAACACUGAUAACAUGCCGUUUACUAUGGACACAGGUAUACAUCACCAUGUAUCGGGAUGUAUAUGGAGGGAAAUGCGAGUCAAUGCACCGAAGGAAAAAGUGGAGUAACCUUAGUGCGAACUGGGGAGCGGGUUCCCAAGUUACCUGGUGGUACAAGUGGGUUAACUGCGAGCUGUUGCCCACAAACCGACGUUGCAACUCUGUCACGAGUGAGACUUAGAAAGAACUGUACAUCCAGAUCCCUGAGGACCAAAAAUACAAGCUACCAGCAGUUCACAGCAAACUGCAAUCUGCGACCUUCACCAAUAACCAACCAACAACCCACUGCCAGGGGCCGAGGAAGUGCUGCAGGUUCUUCAUGUGUUUCAACUUCCAGGAUGAGAAAACCAGGAAAGCUGAGUGAAGGACAUCUUCAAAGUAAGUGUUCAGGUUUUUAUCUAUUUAAUUACAUCUGACAUUACCCACGGUCCACAGGACAAUAUAAGCUGCCAAUGACUUUGCUAGAUCGAGACCCGUUUACUGAUCCUGCUGCAUGCGUAAGAGCAGAUCAGUGUGUUUCUCCCGAAAAUAGUGCAAAAAAAAUAAAUAAAAUAAGUUCUCUGAUGGCAAAGUGCUGAAAUAAAGUUUAGAGUCUAUCGCACAUAUAAACUGAGAUUAGUGUUUGGGUCCAAGUCUCUAAAUGGUGGCAGUCUACCUGGCGUCUGUUUCUACCGCCAUUUUCUCAGUUAAAGGACCAGAUGAGUGACAUUACCAAAAGUAAAUGUGUGUACACAUUUGAGCAACAUAAAACCACAAUUUAUCUUUGACUUAAAGGAAUAUUUCUGUUUUUUAAGUCAGGGUUAGGAUAUCAACACUUACCAAGGAUAAUGGCCAAAUAGGUGAGUGACACAGGCUACAAAGUAGAAAACAUUAAGUAGUGUCGAUUAGGGUGAAGCAUUCUUGAAUUCCAAAUUCAUAGCAUCUUUUCAUAUGCUCAUUAUUUUCAGGCUUUUUGAGUUCUUUCUUGAGUUCAGAGGUCUUUAGUUAAGUCUUUGUAAGAUUUUGGGACACUGUUGGCUUAAUAUCAAUCAAUAUCAAUGGCAAUGAUCAGUCCCUUCAGAAGGAAUGGUUCUCUUUCUUUAAAAUGAUUACUCUUUGAUUUGAUAAAGAAAUAAUGUUUUGUAUGUGGUCCAGCAUCUCCAGUGACGGUGUGGUCACAAUGAAGGCUGACACCAUUCAGUUAUAGCUUGUAUCUUCCAUGGUGGGUUUGUCUCUCUUAGCAUGUUGACGUUGUUUCAUCAUGUGACUCUGAUGAUUACUCAGUGAAUGACUUGCAUAUGGUUUUUCCCACUCAGGAGAAAAGUGACCAUAUCACAGACAGGAAAAUGUCCUCAGAGUUUCACAGAGCCCCCUCACUGUGGGGGUCAAGUUGUCAGACUUAAAUUGAUCUUGGUGUUCACCAUGUUUCCCCUCCUACGCACAAGUUUGACUCAUCUGUGCCUUACAUCUUUGACUUCAUUUAACUAUGAACAGCAGAUUUCUUACUGCCGGGAAGCCAGAAUAAGCUUUAUAUUUAUUGGAAUUCGGUGGUUUGCAGAUGAUUUGUACAUAAUCAAAAACAGUGCCAAGACAACAUACCGAUGGUGGAGGCUGAAAAAACGUGCGCAUGAAAGAUACUUUUGAAGUUUAUUGCCUGCAGCACUUUUCAGAGAGUGGAGGCAUGCUUUACAGUCAUGUUAAAUCUUUUAUUUUAACAAAAAUCUAAAAAUGUUUGGGAACCAAGGAGACCAGAUUCAAGAGUUUUGAAAGUUGCAUAUGUCAUUUUUACCUGAUACCGGUUUCAUCUGCUUUACAGUUCAGCGUUUCCUCUGUCACUUUACUUGUUUAAAGAUGCACUGAAUGUUUUUAUUUGGUGGCAAGUUGACACAUCAGCCAUCGUUGAUUUUGAUGUCUUGUCUCAUGCUUUUUAAUUUGAUGACUGUGAAGCACUUUGUGACAACUGUUCUAGAAAGGUGCAUUACAAAUAAAGUUUAAUAAUAUUAUUAUUUUCUUCUGCAUUAGAGCCAUGCUGUUGUAAUUGUUCACCAGGCACGUGUUGUUUAGCACCUAUAGUGCCUUACCAGAUGCACAAAAUACACAUGCUGGGGGCACUUGUGAAACCUCAGUGGCUUUUGAGCUGUGUAUUUAUAACAAGCUGAGUCUCCUCUUUAGAGCAAAGAAUACAUGUCCAUGAUGUCCCAAAGGAAUGUCAAAUCUUGAUUUGUGAGACCUGUCAGGUCAGUUUUCGACUUUGCCAGGGGUCUUCAUAAAUAAACUUAGGAGUUUCCUGGUUUUCUCGGUCAUGUUUAUAUAUGAUUUCCUUUUUGCAUGGUACAGCCCUUUUGUGCAUUGAUGAAGCAAAAAAUUGUGUUCAUAAAAGCAGAUUUUGGAAGUGAUUUUGAGCCCAUGCAGGGAUUUCCAGUACAGAGUCAUGUUUUUUAUUUUAAUGCGGUGCUACCAGGGAGCCUGCAGAUCACAUCAGUAUGAAUUUGUAUUUGGCCUUGGCCUUUUUUGGACAGAGAUUUCUCCAGAUUUGUCAAUACUAUAAACUAUAUACGAUGCAAUCCCCAAAUAAACUUGUAGGCCGAGGAACAUUAUUUUAAUGCUGUUGAACUAUUUAUUCAACUUUUCAUGUGUUUUUGUUGUCUCUGUUCCAACUUUUUUGAAAUAUGUUUAGUGAUAAAAUUUUAAAUGAGCAUGCCAUUUUCAGAAAAAAUUGUACCUUUUUAACAUUUGAUAUGUUGUCUUUGCAGUAACUUCCACUGAAUGUAGGGUUAACUGAUUUGCAAAUCAUCAGAACCUUUAUUUUUUAAUCAAAAUUUACAAUGUCUUAACUUUUUCGAAUUGGAUUUGAAAUAACAAAGGUGCAAAUGCAAAAUGAAAAAACACUUUUGUCCUUCCGCAUGAAUGUGUAAUAUGAUGUGAGAGCAGAAAACCUCACAGUACAGCUUAUGAAACAAAAAGAGACAAAUGGUCACAUUGUUAAAAAUAUAUUUUAUCUCGAACUAUUUGGUCCUAAGUUUAUCUAAUGAUUGUGAAUAAAACAAUCUGACACCAUCUCCUACUUUCUGACAAGUCGGUCCCUGCAGAGGUGGUGAGAUUUCUGAGGAGAUAACGUGUCACUGAUGAACCAUGAGUCAUUAACCAAGUGUUUGACAGUGACAUCAGACUGUGAAAUUACAGCAUCAAGCUCAGUCAGUUCUGCAUUUCUCUGUGCGCAUAUUACUGUAAUUUCUUGGAGUAGACGGUUGCUAUGAGAAUGCAAUGAUCUGAAACCAUCCCCCUCCAGUAUACCUGUUUGUGCUCAGGUCAGGAAAUGGUGUCAGAAAAAUCUUUACUGAGAGUUACUUUACUUCUGCAUCACCAAAUCUAUUUCCAGCCCUACUAUGGGAACACUGAUCAGUGGUCGAGGUGAUAUAACGCAGUGCGUGUCUUACAUCUGCAAAUAUGUGCAAGGUGUGUGUGUGUGGGUUAUAAUCACACAUAGAGUGAUAAAUGAUGCCACAAGUGGGUGGUCUUUGUGGUAUUGUAGACUUACUGGUAUGCACUUCAGCCCAGCAACACUGCGUUGUGUGCAGUGAAGUUCGAAAACUGCAGCAUCUUCUUGGUCUGCUUUCAAAAAUAUAUAUGUAAAUUAAUAAUGCUGUUCAAAGGCAGUUUCUGUUUUGUUUUUGAUGUUCACCUUUUGGUAACACAGGCCGCUAAAGCUGUUCAAGCUUUCACCUCAAAUGACUCCUUUUAUAUUAAGGGGUUGAUGUUAUGUCAGCUUGAAGUUGAUGGCAAAGGGAGCCUUUGGUGUCCUUAAUACUCAAAAUGAUAUGUACGUUGUGCUUUUAAUCAUAAUUCACCAACCAGACUUGUUUUGUUUUAUAGAUUUCUGUGUAAUUGUGAUGUAACAUGUGAUGAGAUGUUGAACAGUGUGUAUGGUAUAAAAGACCAGGAAAAGAACAACUGACCAUGUAUCUGCAAGGCUGGAUUGAUUGUCUUACAUUAUAAUAGCCAGAAAAUGUUGAGAUAUUUAGUUACAUAUUCAAAUCCCAUGAAAUGGUAUGACUCUCAACAGAACAGCGAAAAUGCUACUAGUGCUACAUUGAGUAGGUUUUAUGCAAAAACCCACAAGCAAUAGCAGCGUGACUUCUGUAUUUUGAAGCUCAACAGGUUCAAAUAUAUUAAAACAGUAGAAUAUAACAUCACUUGGCACCAGCCAGACAGUUUAUAGACUUCACUGGUAAAAGGCCACCAUUUAGAUUUGCAACAUGUAUAUCUGUUAUGAACAAGUUUCUUUUUUUCUGGGAGGAAAACUGAGUUAAGGCCAUCUCUUCACAUUAUUAUCAGUGUACUAAAGAUACUAGAUUUACUGCUAUAAAGUCACAAUGUGUUGGUAAGUAAUAGUUUUUGGUGUCAGAAACAUGCUGGCUAGUUUUUUCUUGCGCUUUGGUUGUACACAAGAAAACCGUCUGUGUGGAGAGCAUGAUAUCCGCCUGUUAAGCCGUGACGUAGCCGCGUUCUCUUUUUCCACUUCCGGGUCCAGUGGAGUUGUUGUUAUAAUGCCUCAGUACUAUGUCCCUUGCUGCUUAAACUGAUCAGAGACAAAAACAGCGACUAAACUAUCAUUCUACAGAUUUCCUCCCAACAACAAAGACAACAAAAUAACUUCAUCAUUUCUGUAUUGUAUCCAUAGACUGUAUACAGUCUAUGAUUGUAUCACAAACACACGGCAUCACAUCCAUUCAUUCAUUGAAUUCAAAGCUUCGCGCACCAAAGCCUCGGGGCGUCUUUGGUUUAUCGUUUUACAUUUAUUGUCCACUUGAUGGCGCAAUAGAGCAAAUGAAGCACGAUCAUGAAGCUUCGGCCCAGGAGGCGAGUAAUUGAAUGGAAAGCUUCGAUGCUUCAUGAGGCUUCAUCUCGCCAUCACUAAAAUUUACGUUAAUAACUCUAUCCGAGUUGAAAGCUUUAAGUCCCUUUUUAACUCUGAGUGGUUCCCUUCUGAAAAAGGAGGUUAUUUUAAAGAGAUUCACGGGUUCCGCCAUUGUUGUUUUGAAUGGAGAGUGAAUGGAGGCUGAUUCCCCAUGGACCCGGAAGCCGCUCCGCUCACAAAAUGACGUCACGCUUAACAGCCGGAUUGUAGUGCCUCUUGACUUCCUUCUCUCCUGAAGGUUGUCAAGAGCAGUUGGUCUAUUUGAAGAAAGCUUACAUAAACCAUACCAUAAUGUGGUUUUUGUGUGUGUGUGUGUGUGUGUGUGUGUGUGUGCAUAUAUAUGUAUAUGUGUGUAUAUCUAUCUAUCUAUCUAUCUAUCUAUCUAUCUAUCUAUCUGUAUGUAUCUAUAAAUAUAGAUAGAUAUAUAUAUCUAUAUAUGUAUCUGUGUAUAUAUAUAUAUAUAUAUAUAUAUAUAUAUAUAUGUAUAUGUGUAUGUGUAACCCAGUUUUUUUCGUACUUACGCUUAAUUGUUGACAGCAAAAGACCUAGAAACUUCCAUCUUGGUUAUUUAUGAAAACGGUGAAGCAGUACUGUGUCAUCAUCUUGAAUAAAGGAUUAUGAUUGGUCUGGUCUGAUAGCAGCAGUUCCAGACUCGCAUACCAGUGGAAAAAAAUAUGAGCUGGCUGCUGGGUCUGGUAACACCAGGCUAGUCCGUAAAAUAAUUUGCCCAAGAGUUCCUUAUUAUACAGAUAAGAACGUACUAUGAAACCCACUCGCUUUGUGAGACCUGUAGCUUUCCAGGGGCUUUUGUAUCUCACUGAAAAUAUCAGUAUAUUUUAAGAGACCGUCAGUUCUGACUCCCUCAAAAAGAAGAGUUUUCGGUGGUGAAUUGUGUGUUUGUUUUAGCAUCACUUCUAACCGUAGCCUGUCAUCUCUGUUUUGUUCAGCAUUCGGCUUUCCCAUCUAAUCAGAGUUGUGAAGGUAAAAUAACUCCUGAUGAAAUUGGUGCUGUUGAUUCAGAAAACCUGUGAAAACCAUUUUUUUCCAGUAUUGAAUUGAUAAGGGCUCAAUAAACCACUAGAUCAAUAAGCAUCAUUGAUAAAGGCAUGGGGAUCUACAUAAUCUUAUCAUUUCCCAUCCCCAGGAGCAGUGUUGUCAUCCAUCAGUCAAAAAAGCAACAACCUGCUGUCAUCUUGAGCCCACGUGCUGCUGACUCACAAGUACACUGUGAGUAAAUAAUGUUUGCUGCUGUUUCUGUAACCUAACAGAAAAGUUUCACAUUUAGUCCAUGCCAAUGGUAUUAUUUUUUUUACAUAUUAUCCUUCAUGCCAACAGUCUACCCAAGGAUACAGCAUUGUGGGUAAUAGUCUUUGUGUUGGCUUUUUUUUUCUCCUCCUCUUUUGGGAAGUGUGCAACAUGGUGCUUAAAGAAAAGGAAGGGUUCUUGUCUUUCAUUUGUGAAAAAAUGCAUUGUGAGGAAAUAUAAACACAAAGACCUUCUUCAUUGUUCUUAAACGGACUGUUUUAAUAUAUAUUUAGAAAAAAAAAAUACAGUUUUUUAAUCACAUUGUCAUUCCCUUGGUUUGCUGGAGUAUCAAAUUAUAAAGAAAGAAAGUGAUAGAAAGAAAGAAAAGGAUAAACAUCAUUAUAAUUCUGUGGUUUCAUUCUGAAUAGUCUAUUUCAUAGUCUUAACAAGGUUUCUUUUCCAGCUGCACCAAAUGAAGUAGAGAAAUACCUUUGUUUGCUACUUAUGUUUGAGGCUAAAUGUUAUUGCUUUACAGAAAUAUUCAAGCACCAAGUGAUUUUAUAUCCUUCAACACAAUACAAACGUAGACCUGGCUAGUUCUGUCACAGUAUUUUUCCUAUUAAAGAGAUGGAUAGCUAGCUGGCUUCUGAAUUGAGAAUAUUCACACACAAAGUUGAGUCUGUUCUGAGCUUUAGAAGAAGGUACACACAGAGAAGAGCUGAAGUAGCCUGAGCGGCAGCCUUUCAUAUUUGACCGUCAGUUGGACACAUACUGUCUCGGUGGAGAGUAGUUUUUGCCUUCCCUUGAUGAGACUUUGCGAGAUAGAGCGGGAUAGUACAGGGACAACACUCUGGGGACCUGCUGCUCCUCUUCCUCAUCAGAGGUUCCUCUGGUAGGAAUGGGCUUCAGUAGAGGGGGUGCAGGACGGGCUGAGUGGAUGGGCCGGACGUUUCGAGGAAGGACAAGAGGCGUGGGGAGGGCAGAGUCAGCAGCACUGGGUGUGUUCAAAUAUGGAUAUCCUCUCAGGGUUUGGAGAGUAUAUGCAGGAAAGAAUAAAGGGGGAGACAAAUGUUGGCCAGGGAUAAGGGAAGAGUCUCUGCCAACCCAGUAGUAGUCCCUGUGUAAGGACGGGUGAUGCGUGUUGGCGAUUGGAUGAGCACCGCUGUGAACAUUGUGUUGUAAUUGACUACUCUGGUGAGUGGCGUAGGCUGCAGGAUGGCCCAUGCCAAAUUGAAGCUUGAUUGCCAGUAACUCAGCACUCAGUCUUGUAUUUUCUUCUUUCAGGGCCACAAGGUGAGACUCCAGCACGUAGUCAUUCAUCCGCCGCUUCUCUCUGGACCGUUUGGCCGCCUCGUUGUUUUUACGACGCUUCUCCCAGUAGAGGGCGUCCUUCUUCUCCUCAGGUAUGAAUUCUCGUUUGCGACGAAGUCCUUUACGCACCAGCUCAUUUUCUCCCUGUAGGAUGUGGCUGUCUUGGCCUUCAUGUAAAGACAAUGACAGAUGCGACAUGGUGGAUGACACAGAGAAAGAAAUCCUGAAAUAAAAAGGAAUUGAGAUUAUGAGUUGAAGAAAUACAGGUCUUACUGUCUAAGUUUAUGGUAUCCUUGACCUGGACUUUUCUUGGAUAUGAUUAAGAUAAAAAACUGUGGUAUUUCUUGCCACCGCAAUGGUCGAUAUAUGGUAUCGCAGUGGUAUGUGUAUUAAUUCACAAAAAGAUGCCAUUAUGCUUUGAGCGUUAGUUUACUUAAAGCUGGGCUACAGCAGUGGUUCUCAAGUCCAGUCCUCGAGGCCCACUGUCUUGCAUGUUUUGGAUGUUUCCCUGCUCCAACACACCUGAUUCAAAUGAUCAGCUCGUUAUCAAGCUCACAGAGUUUGAUAACGAGCUGAUGAUUUGAAUCAGGUGUGUUCUCAAUGUUUUUCAUUAGAAAUAUGUGAAAUAAGACAAAUAUGCUGAGAUAGAAGAAUAAAUUUGAACAAGGUUUCCUUCAGCCUGAACGUUGCUCUUCUCUUCAGCGUUUGGUCAGGAUAUCACUUGAGCCUAAUUUAAUCCCGGGGAUUCUUGAGUAAACCAAACGCCUUUUUUUUAAAAGAAGCAGAUGAAGACAAAUGCAGCUUUUGAUAAAGUCUCUCUCAUUUGUAGGGGUUUGUGGGCGGUUAGGGAAGCUGUGCAAGAGAGGAUGAACACCAUGCUGAAACCACAGUCAGCCCCUUGUACGUGCAAUCGUACCCAGAAUCACACACCGACCCACACACAUACGCACACACAGAUUGAGCUGCCACUAAUGCGUUUUACCUCUUUGAAGCUUUCCUCACACUUCAGUCCUACAAACAACACAUAUGGUGUUCAGAUCAUGUCGCAUGUUUCAUGUGACACCUUUUUAGAAGAGCUGCAAAAGACACUCACUCAGGAUUUCAUACAAGAGGAACUCUCUGAAGCACAAACCACUUCAUUUAGUCUAACCUCAAAAAUUAUAAUGCUGUGUCCUGUUUAGAUGCAGGUUCUCAUUUUUAUUUCUGUUAUCCACACUUGUUGAAGCAUCUUGUAUUCUCAUGGUCUUAUUUUUGACAUGCCAGUCAGCCUGAGUAAGAAGCAUCAAAACAAAAGCUUCAAAAAAAAAAAGACAUGCAUCCUGAACGGCGGUGAGAGCACAACAGGUUAAAAAUAUUCAGGCCUGUGCCAAGCGAGAGCGUAGACCAGCGUGUGUGUUCGUGUGUGUGUGUGUGUCCUUCUAAGCGUGCACACCUGCGUGGUUGCGUGUGACACAAAGACGAGGCGUUUUACUCUCUGAGCUGUAGAAAGCCUCAAAACAGAAACAGCAGGAAGAGAGAGAACAAUAAUCACAUAGGGAGACAGAAAGAGAGAGAAGAAGAUAAAAAAGAGAAGGUUCCUGAGUGAAAUCUCUUGAGGCCUGCUCACCAUACUGCACUGCACAUUUGCACCUGUUUCUUAUUGGCUAUUUAUAUCCAGGCUGCUUUUUAGUAAGGAACUCUCAAACUUCUUCUUUUUGCAUCUAUCCGUUUUCUUGCAUGCUACCAUCUGCUGUUGUGAUGCAGAGUGCCCUGCUGUUAAAAUAACUAUCCAAAGGGGUUAGGGACUUGGUCAGUCCUUAUUGUCUGGCUUUUUACCUCAGCAUUUAUGUCUCCUGUUAACUGCCAUCAUAGAAAUAAAAGUCAAUAAAUGCUCACUGGAGAAUUCAUCGCUGUUCAUGUCUUGAAUUGUCCGUUAAGAUCUGAGUUUUUGAACUGCAGGCCCAGUGUCUUAAUGUUUCCCUGACUAUUGGUAUAUCUUGAAUGUAAAGCAUGAGGAGAACAUAAAAAUUCACAUUUUGUUUAACUUGUGUUUUUAACAUUUUAUCGAUGACGUCUUCUAAAAAGGGAGGCAGAUAAAUUUAUUCUCACAAUUAUUUAAGGUGUUGAGCAAUGAUAUUAUCAUUCACAAAUUAACAAUCAUAUCAAUCUUAAACUCUUUUAGAUUUACUAUUUCAGGUACAUGAAACAGAAGUAUAAUUGUAUAUAAUAUUCAUGGUAAAACAUUUAUUUUGUAAGGUGAGUUAAUCGUUGUUAAAGCUGUCUUACGUUGAUCAAAUCUAGCUGUCUGUUACGCUAUUUCGCUCAAAAUGUGGAGAUAAAAUUUUAAUCUGCUCCCUAAUUCCUCAUUGUAGUUCAUCAACAGCGCUAAAUUGAGCUUAAUUUUAAAAGGAUUUAACAAUCAAAUAAUAUCAGAAGUGUUGAAGGCUGAGAUUAAUUUAGACUAGUAUCACAUUAACACUCAAGAUGUUUUUACACUUGUAUUUUGUAACGUCUGUGAAAUGUCACUUAACCCUCACCAGAUACGAAUGUUUUAUUUCCUUUAUGUUUAUUUAUAUUUUUACAAACAUGGAGCAAACGCACUGAUGUUACACAAAAGGAUUACAGCUCAGUUCGUUUAAAAUGCCUGAGUUUCUAUGUGCCUUUUAAAGCGAGAGACAACUCAUCAAAAAGGUGGGGGAAAAACAACAGGAUGUGACCAUAACUAUUAACGUACUGUAAAACACCAAACUGUUCGUGCUCCUCCAUCAUGAAUAGAUACUUUCGAAUAUGUUGCUGUAGAUUCAGACUACAAGAAAAUUAACUUUCAGGUCAGUUUAUUCCAGUUCGGGCCCAAAAUGAUCUCAAUUUAUCAGUUCAAGCUUUUGUAAUAGAAAUACUGUCAAAACAAGGUCCUAAAUUAUCUCGCAGAUAUUAACAAGGUGGCAACACUUCCUCUUCCUCAAGUAGUUCUCGACAGAUAACAAUUUCAAGUUCUUCAUUUCACAGUACAUUGAUUUUCUUUGGUGGUAUAAAUGAAAAAUCUGAUAAAGACAAGUGUAGUCUCUCAUUCUUGUGUCUUGGCAGAGAAAAAAGUUGAUUACCAAAGUUUACGGAGUCUCUCCCUUCUUUUCUUUUGCAGAAUACAAAUCAUCCGUUUGUUUGGUGAUGAACUCAAUUGGUGGUAUAUUCUUUACGAAGCUUAGACCUACAUCUAUUUACACCAGAAGCACUUCAUCCUCUGAAUACAGACACUGUAACAUGUAUCACCCAAACCAAUUAAAGUGUGAAAUGAGCUUUAGGCCUUACCUUCAACUGCCGUGAGCAGAAAGUCCACUGCCGAUGACCGUAUUCACAGAUAUCGCACCCUCACUAAUGAACAACUCCUUGGUGGUGGGGACCCUCCUCUGAGACUGCGGUGUGAGAUUGAUGCACACAUUAACAGAGGGGGGCUGAUAAUGUCACGUUGCUUUAUCUACACUCCUGCCUCCCUCCUCCUUUUCAUGUCUUCGUGUGUCCACCUCUGAUCUCACACCAAGUGUCUGGUGUUCACGGUUUUAUGGUAUUUGUGGGCUUGGCCACACAGAGAUAUUUAGUGCAUUCUGCUGCUUUCAUUUCAAAGCCAUAUCUAAUUUUGACGUUCAGGUUCCCUAAGGAUAUGCUUUCAACAUUAUUUGGUAAUGCUAUGCUAGUAUAACAACCGCCUUAAUUUUCAAUUAUCAAUUCCAUUUGGUUUGUUGGUGCAUUGCUUUUGUUGCACUACGUCCUGCAGCUGCUCUGGGUUAUUCUGUGUGGUUUUCAAUUGCAUAUUUAACCUACAUAGACAGUGGAGUUUUUACUUGUUGUGCUGUAAGUAGUGCAGAGAAACCUAUAGCACCAGUUACGUGAUUAAUGGGCUUUAAAGUUAUCUCAGAGAAGUAAUCUUCUGUAACUCAAGGUUCUCUGCUGAGGUGUUUCAUAAUCUUUGGUGCCUCAGAUUCAGAAAAAAAAAACAAACACAAAGGGAAGUGUUUGUCCCAUAAUUGCUUAAAAGAUUAAAGUUUCAUUCAUUUGUCAGUGCAUUUGUUUCAAAAAACUCUUUCCCACCUCAGAGAAACUUUUGAGUGCAAUAGAGGAGGAAAAAAAAAUAAUGUAGCUUAUUUUUUUAUAAAUGCAAAUUUAACCAUAACUUCUAUUUCUGAGUUUAGACACAGUGACGUCCAACCAAGUUAGAUUUUUACUUCCCGUUGUGACGUGUUUGAGUUUGUUUAGUAAAAAAAAAAGUGCACCAGAUGAGUAUGCGGAAAUGAAGAUGCUUUGUUAUUAUCAUAUGACUUAAAAUCUAACUCUAACUUUUUAAAUUAUUCACAACUCUUUUUUUUUCAAGUUUAUAUAUUGAAACUACACAGUUUUUCAUUUUUUAUCAGUAUAGUUUGGAGUUCUCUACUGUCUAAAUGUCAGCUGUAUCCACGGGAUGUAUGAAAACUGUUUUGCAAACAUCAAAAAAACAUAUUAAAAAAGUAGAAGACAUUUAGCUACGAUACAUUUUCUCAUGUUAUUAAACUCAGGGGGUCUGUUUGAGUAUUUUAUGGGCUAUAACAAAGUUCCUUAAACAGGAAGCAAACAGAAAAUGUUUCUGUCCUCGCCUGUUUGUACUCAGAGAAGAGUUCAAGGUGUGUUCUCCACAAAUGCAUAGGUAGGUAAGUCAUUUCUGCAGUUAUUCCAAACACUACAGUACUUUUUUUCUGUAAAAGGAUCAUCUUUAUGUUGUUUCAGAGCCAGAUUUAGGGCCUUUUAUAGUUAGGGCUUCUAAUUAAGCAUCUUAUUACAUUAAAAAAAAAACUUAUCAGUAUAAUAAAAACAAAAAAAAACUAAAGAGACACAAGUAUUAUUAACAUAUUUAGUUUUGUAAAGUUAAGAAUUCAAAGGAGGGGAAGGCGAGCACUGAUCUUUAAGAACAGGCAGGUUUGCACUCAUCAUCCUGAGCCUGUCAGAUUAAAGUACACCAGUAUUGUGUUAUAGCUCCCUCUGCUGGUGGCCUCAACGCACAUGCUGACAGACAUGAGUGAGAGUUGUGAAGGCUUUUCUAAGGACGCUUUGUGCGCAGUUCAGCACAGGUUAUAUUUGAGUUAAUAUGACUAAUGAAGCUAUUCAGGAAACUUUGUAGUUUAGUUUUACUCUGUGCAGAAUUAGCGAUAACUUUUGCUGAAUCAGCCUCUGGAUAGCAUGCAGAUAUAGAUGGACAUAAAUCAGAGUUGGGAAAUAUUGAGAUUUGGAUUUUCACUGGACUUUUUUUUUUUUUUUUCUCUUUUUUUUUUUUUUUACCCUAAUAUUCCAUCAAGUGCCACUACAGAUAGCCUACCUUAAGAGGCUACUUGGCUGCAGCAGAAACAUGUUGCAGAGUGAUGACACUGAUAUUUUUAUUUAGGUUGUUGGACGAUUGGAUCGCGCACUUUUUGGCUGUGCAAAAUCCAGCUGAACUGUCUUAUUGCAUCAGUUUUAUAAUUAUAUUGAUGAUGUUGACCACAAAGUUUGCUCCAAGCAGGUUUGAGCAGCCGCACUGCAGGAUUGUGUGUCAUCGAGCCGUGGGCUUGAAAUCAAACGGUUUAACGUUUGGUUUUGGAGUGCUGGGAAAUCACGCAAAGGGGAGGAGACCGAGGGGAAUACCAAGCCCACAAACACUCGGUUCUCAGGGUUCAACUACUUUUUUUUUAACCACAAAUAAACGGAAAAAUACCACUGACUUUAUACUAAACUUAAUCUGUUUGAGUUUAGCCUCCGGAUCAAACAUUAAAAAAAAAUCAAGACAGAGAGAGCAGAUUUACUCUACCGAGAUUUCAGGAGUUAAAGGUAACUAAAAAUCUGAACUUACAUAAACAGUGAAAUCACGCAGCUUUUUGUGCAUUUGUUAUAUAUAUAUAUAUAUAUAUAUAUAUAUAUAUAUAUAUAUAUAUAUAUAUAUAUAUAUAAGGGGCCAUUUUUACUUUCACUUAAUGAGAGUAAUGCUCCCAACUUUUAACUCCGUCAGAUUGACCACAGCCUGAAGACCUGAUAAUGUAUGCACUGCCAAAAAAUAUCACCACGUGAAUUUGUCUCCCUCCUUGUCAAAAUAACUAAUUACUCUCGAUUUCACCUUCAUUUUCAUCUUAUUGCGCGGUAUUUUCCAACACUCAUAUUGAAUCCUUUGUUGUUUCACUCUUUGAAAGUAUCUCCAGUGAUAAUUGAUGCGUAAAUGUAGGGUCUUGUUUUGGACUGAUUCAGAGCUGUAUUAAAUGCUCCGGGGGGGAAUGUUGGUUGGUAAAAACGGGCCUAACUCGGUAAUCUUAAUUUUCUAGUUUUUAUUACGCUCAGCCAAAGUGGAAGGCCAGGACACUGCAUUAAGGCACAUUUUACAGCUUCUUUUUUAGGGCGUUUUACUGUCAGUUUUAAAGAUUUACAUUUUUUUUUAAACUUUGAACUACAAAUGACUGCAACACCUGCCUGAAGAAACAUGUCAAACAGUUACGGUCCGUAAGGGUUGAGGUGCAUCCCGGGCUGCUUCACACCUGCCGGCGCACUGCUGAGCAGGCUCCUGAUCCCCCUCUGAAAGCCUGUCUCUACACUGAGUCCCUGUCCUGCUCUGUCCUGGACGUAGAGGGGAGGCAGGCCCGGGUACACAGCAGGUGCGGACAGGUAGGAAGCCCGCCAAGGCAGCAGAGUGUCAUUACACACUGAGGGGUGACUGACAGUGGGGAGCAGCCAUUUCUGAGGCAAAGUGGAGAGCUGGGGGACUGUGUUAGGGAAUCCUCGGGCGAAGGAGGAGGGGAUGGGGGCUUCACUGGAGCUGAGGAUGUCAUCGCUAGAAGAGACCUGGCGCUGAGGAUCCAUCUCGGCCUCCGCUGACCUCCUAACCCCUGAAACUGCUCCAGGAGAAAUGAAACGCUGCCCAGAAUAGGAGGAGAUGCCUUGCUGUGCGCCGGGAGAAAUUUCUAGACUGGAGGUGAAACAGGGGGUCUUUGCCUUAAAUGGAUGCAUCGCUGCUUCUUGUUGCCCCAUACCCAGCGCAGAAACUUGGUUGUUCCUGUUGCUCCACAGUCCCUGGAAGAGGGUAGGGGGAUAGGGAGGUCUGGGUGGAAAGAGCCAAGCAUAGUCUGGUGUUGCGCAGGCAGCACGGGGGUCACUUUUCUCCAGGUUGCAGUGGUACUGCAGACUGAGCAGCUGAGCGCGCAGCUGUGCGUUCUCAUCCCUCAGAGCGAGCGCCUGACCCUCCAGCAUCAGGUCUUGCAGCCUCCUCUUCUCCCUGGACCGCUUUGCCGCCUCGUUGUUUCUUUGGCGUUUGUCCCAGUACGUGGCGUCCUUCUUGUCGGUUGGGAUCAUCUCUCGCUUACGGCGCGUAGAUGGAGGGCUGCUGUAGGUCCGCAAGCGCAGGAGACGUCGGGUCAGCAAGGGGGGCGGAACCACCGGGAGAAGGGUGCCAGGGUCCAAGUCGGGCCCCGUGCUGCCGCUGCUAUCCACAGAAGAGGACGAUGGGAGGCAUGGAGAAGUAACUUCAGGAGCGUCAGGGCUUCUUCGGGCAGACAUGGUGGUAGGUCUGAUUCAAGAAAAUAUUGAUCAAAAAAGUUUUUAUGUUUGUCAAAACAUGAUAAACCCGUCCCAGUUAGAGUUUGCUUUUGAAAUAGACUUGACAAACUUUUUGUUUCUCCUGUUCAGAUGUUAAACCUCAAACAAAUCGUGGACUAGUCCAGCUGACAUUACUGAGAGAUUUACAUUUUGACAAGCUUAUAAAAAAGUUUAACAGCUCCACAAAAAACAAAAGUAACAUGUUGAACAUCAACGCAGUAUUUAUAACUCACUCAUGGAUAAUGCUUCAAACAAACUCGCAGAACAAUAAUGAAUGAAGGGUUGUAAGAACAGCAAUGCGCGCCCUGGUCUGCAACGCGCUCGGUAAACAAUCAAUAAUCGAUCCUGCGUUAAUAUCAAAACGAGUAUGUAUAGUCAGGAUUUCAUUAUAAUGAAAGCACGUGAGAGAGCUUAUCAGUAAUCAAUUGUAGUCAUGACUUUUCCCUAAAUUUUCUGAUCAAAACGUGGAACAAUGUCAAACUUUACGCACUGACCUGGAAACAAUCACGGCACUGUUAGAGGCUUUAUCAACUCAUAUCAACUUUAGUAAAAAGUUAAUUUAAUUCUACACCCCAUCGCCAACAACUUAUUUGUUUCUUAGAUAAACUAGAUAUUUUUCCGAGUUUGUGGAUGUCAGAGCUGCGCUCACCUGUCAACUAUAACCUGCGGUGCUGAAGAGAGCAGAGGCUGCCGGGCGGCGCACAGAAACGCUGUCAGCCCACAGCCAAUCGCGUUAUGUGCUCCUGCUGAAAGUGAGAUGCUGUGGAAACUCAGCAGGCGACAUCACUUGGAGAGCGGAAGACCAAUACAACAGUGAGGCCACCAGUAAACCAAUAAGAGGUACUGAAAUGAAUCAUUUUGGAUCAGCUGCCCUACUUACCGCUUAGUUUCGUUUAUUGCAUGAUCGUUUGCACAUAGUUUGCAGUGCUAAACUCUGAUCAAGCCCUGCAGUGGAUUUCGGGUCUUCCCAUGAAGACGUGAAUGACAAUUAAUGGGUAAAAAUAACAGGAAACAGAGCAUCUUUCAGAGGUUGGACAUCACAAACUGUGACUACUAAAGGGAUGGAACAAAUAAAGCAUGCAUUCAAGCUUGUAAAUAUGAUUGGGGUCAUCUAAGGUAGUGCAGCUUUUUUUGUAGUGUGAAAUAUUGUGGGCAGCACCUCAGUACUAUGGUCUUCACACGGAAAGUCUGGAAACACCAAAAACAUAUAUAUAUUUCAUAUCUCUUUUCCUUCUCCCUCUAAUGUAAUAGUUUCUGUCAGUUCUGCUUGCCCAGACCACUCGUAAUUAUCUUUACAGGGUAAACUCUUAAAAGUGUUUGUCAGUUUACACAGUCAAAAUAAUAAGAGACCAUGAAUGGUAAAGUCAAUCUGUGAGUCUAACCUCAAGCAAUGUGUGCGCAUGAAGUUGUCUAAUUGUAUUUUUGUCAACUUUGUGAUGUGUUGCAUCCUCGAGGGGAUUGUUAAAUAAAAUUCCUCUCUCGGUGGAGACAAAUUGAAAACUCCUGCUCUCAUGGAAAUAUUAUGGUUAGUCCAACUGGUCUCUUUCCUCAGAUUGUCUAUGAAUCAUUUUGUCCAAAAAUCAAAGAGAGUUUAAAGGAUAUUACGGCGUAAAAUUAAUUUAGGGUCAAAGACACCAUAACACCGAGUUAGACACCACCUUGAGAGAUGAAUGUUGUCGACCGCUUUCUUCUCUAGUUAAACCAACUUUAGUAACAACCGCAUGAUAGCAAUACACAGUGGUCUAUGGAACCACACACGAAUCAUUGCUUUAUCAUUUCCUUGAAGUAAUAAUCACCAUAUGAAUCAUUUUGCACUGCAGACGUGAUAGUUCUUCUGCCUUAGCGUCUCUGUCUGAUUGCAUUUCCAUGAAGAAAUGAUCAUAAAUGUUCUUCCUUGAGCUGCGUCACCCCGCUGUAGUCCGUAAUGGACUGGCCUGAGGUCUCGCUACAAAGAAGCGGCUGCUGGAAGAGAGUAGGUGAGUUGUGUUUAGUCUCUUUGCUAAAGAAAUUAGUCAAAGGUUAGAGAUGUUUGGUGGCUAGUACUGUGGCUAGAAUCCUAUAUGUACUCUUGAUGAAGUUAGCUGCUGUUCUGAGCAUUAUUUAUGGCUAUAGAGUGGCGUUUUGGUUUAGGUUUGUUUAUGGCUCCUCAGACCGCUGUGUGUUGCUAUCGUGUGGUCGUUACUAAAGUUGGUAUAACUAGAGAAGCAAGCGGUCGGCAACAUUCAUCUCUGGAGGGGGUGUCUAACUCAGUGUUACAGUGUGUUUGACCCUAAAUUAAUUUUACGCCGGAAUAUCCCUUUGACGUUGACUGUAAUUUUCACGAUCAGCCACUUAAAAUAUGCUCUUAUGUUCGAGUGAAGGUUAGUUUGUCAAGUGGGCUCAUAACAAAGUUACUGUUGGACACUUUUGCCUUUGUUUGAUAGGAUGUGCAUCCAAAGAGAGAUGGAAAGGAAGACCUGAAGCUGAGAGUCAUGCCAGCAACAUGUACACCAAGGACUAGAGCCUCUAUUUAGGAGACACAUGCUUUGAACACUGAGCCAAACAGGUGCCCCAAAAGAUGCUCAUGUUGACAUGUUUCCUAAUUUCUGUUGAUUCAGUAUGUCUCCAAAAGUUGCUCAUGAGUGUCCUUUGUUUAUGCAAGAAAGUUACAACUAUUUUCUUAUCCAGAAGAUGAAGACACCAGGAAUCACUGAGAAGUUUCAAUUUCAUAGCUUUUUAUGCUUGCCACUUUACUGAUGACUCCUUCAUAAACAGAGGCCAGUACAAUGCUGGGUUUGCAUCUUAAUUGUAAGGGAAACCUGGAGUUGUUCCAUCUAUACAAACCCUCCAUGAAGUCUCAUAAUCACACGCUGCGAGUCGAUACAAGAAGGCAAUAAAACAAUAGCUGAUAAAUCGUCACCCUAUUAAAAUAAUGGCAUUAGUCAUUUUUUGACGAAAAUGCGUUUUUGGCCUAAAUCAUCUCUAAAUCAUUUCAAGAAAUGAUUCAGAGAUGAUUUAGGCCAAAAACUCAUUUUCGUCAAAAAAUGGCUUAGGCAAUUAUUUUAAUAGGGUAACGAUAUGCGAAAAAGUGCUGAACAGAGAGCUAAUAUGCCAAUAGACUAGCCUUUGACAUUUUCAGGAAAGGCAUUACUGUCAGGUCGUUUUAUGACCACAAAGCUGUGUGAAAACUAACACCCAAAAGCUAUGUGAAGUUUUAUAUUACUUUGGGAAAAAAGCCUUUAAAGCGUUUCAGGUAAAGACUUAAUACUACUUAAAUGGGGGUUUUCAGACUGAUAAGAUUUUUGAGCUGUAAAUCAUGCAAAAUAAUGAUAGGUGUCAAAGACUGACACACUGAAAUGUGAAAAUGAGCAUAGUAGGUCUCUUUGAUUAGAACUUGACAAAUAGUCAAAUGUGCUUUUUGCUUUUUUUUUUUUAACUCAGCUGUUGCAGCUGAUGUUUUGCUAGAAAGUCUUGAACAACUCAGAUAUAAUCUCCACGUGCAAUGCAACUGUGUUAUACUAUAGCAUCAUAAUCAGUCAUCUUUUUCAUCCUUGUUAUAUUUCUGUCAUGUUUCUCAUAUUAGUUCAUUUGAAAUUUGAGAACUGAUGUAAGGGGUGUAAACACCUGUUCUAAACAGCACAACCACAAUAAACAUUGCCACCAGAAUGGAAAACCACACAACAAUGUACAUCACUAAUCUGAAGGUAUCAUUGUGGUGUGCUGCAUGUGGGGGCAGUCCAGAUGAGGAGGGGGAUGUCCACCGAGCAAUCAGUCUUGUUUUUUUGAAACUCCAACACACUUUUCUUUCUGACUCAUGGGAACCACAGAGGCCGCAGUCAGACAUGAUCCAACAGUCACUUUAGUUUUUCUAAAGAAGUUGGUCUCAAAACUUUCAGAGAAUUUCUGCUCUCACAGGUCAGAAUGUGUUGAUUUAAAACACAAAAACCACAAAACCCAUGAUUUGACAUUUGUUCAUAUGAAUGUAACUCUUGCUGCGCAAUAGACGCAGAAAUGUUGUCUGAGGAGAUUUUGAGCAUUGAUUGGUAAUGCAAAGUCACCCUGAUUGGUUCUGCCCCUUUUUGAGGAUGACUAAUUCAUAGUUAUCACCUCUUGCCCCCCUCAGACUGUGUGGCAACCACCACAUCCUGACUGCGUAUGCUUCAUUUUGAGCUGAACAAUUCCCAUCAGUUUUAGAUUUACAGAGCUACAAGUUUGGCCAAAGACUUCUUUCGAAGAGAAUCAGACAACUUACCACAGUCCUCCCAGAGCCAUUUAUAUAUAUUUGUCUUUAAUUAACACCUUGUUACUUUAAACUUUGCUUGUUAUCCAAACUUUGGACGCAGUGGGCUCCUGUUGCCAUAUUAUGUCUCCCAUCAGCCCUUCUAAGUAGUCACUGUAAAGGGUUAGUGCAUGUGGGGUCAAAACAGCACUAAACUUAAUGCUAAAACUUAAUUAUUUUUUUUUUGCAGCUGCUAAAAUAUUAUUUUAUCAUAGACCUACUUCGAUACAGGCAUUCAGUUGACACCAAAUAGCUAUAAAAAUCAGAUAAUGUACACUUUAAAAAAGCAUAUUUGCUCAACAUACCAAAGAGAGAAGAAAACAAUACAUCAUAACAUUGUUCAUCCUCCAUAUAUGAUGUCAACAGAACCACAUAAUCUCAAUCUCACACAACGUUUCUGAACCACGGUUUUAUCUUAACUCACACGUUUUCACACCUGUCAUCCCACUCACUUCAGGUGUAAGUUACCAACAACGAGCUGACUCAUCCUCGGUGACAGGCUAGUAGUCACUUGCAACCCCAGCUUCUGAAAUGCACAGACAUGCAGUCCCACCCAAACCCUCUUUGUGUUCUACUUUCACUAAGCUGCUGCAAAUCAAACAUGUCCACAGAGAUGGAAAAUAACACUGCUUUGCUUUUUCUUUAUGUUAACCUAUUUAACACCUUUUUGUAUGUCACGUCAAGCUCUCUUGCAAACCUUUGAAGGAGGCCAGUUGUGUGAAUGUUAGGGUUUGUGUCUGCUGGCCUGAUUCCUGCUCUUUAACUCACCGCAGUUUACCACUUUCUACAGGAAGUCAAGCCUCAGCAAACAUGGAGGUACUUGCCUCUUCACAGUAAAAUACAGUGUGACUUUUCUGCCACAUGAAAACCCUGAAAGAGGUGAUGUAGGUCUCUGAGAAACAGAGCAUUGAGAAGCGUCCCUCAACUGAAGGCUUUCUCACACUCACUGUACUGAAGUCAGCAUGCUCUGAGGGGUCAUGUCCUUCUCACAUCACAUGACACAAAAUAGGAUGAGAACAAAGAGGCCGCAAUAUGUUUUUUCCUGUGUUUUGAUAGUGUGAUGUAGGAAACUGAAUGAAUGAGCUUUUUUUCAGGUCAUUCUUGACAAUUGUCUUCUCUAUUUUAGAAUUACAGACUUCUCUAAAUUGAUCAGAAAAAGUCAUCUUGAACAGUAAUACCCUGAACAAAGUUUCUCACAUAUAUGGGCCUCUAACCUAGAAGCAUUUUGUAAGAAAGUUAAAUUUUUUCUAUCAUUUAAAGAAGUAAAAAUUGAUUAAAAUUCAUCACACAUAACCUGAAAUGUUUCAAGCAUUGUUUUCUGUUUUAGUUUUUGAUGAAUAUGGCCCACAGCAAUCUCUGAAUCUUCAUCCAUUCAGCUAUCUAUCCAUCAACUUCUUCCUCUUAUCCUGGAUCAUAUCAUGGUGAAAGCAGUCUUAGCAAGUCAACUUAGACAUACCCUUAACAAGCUCUGGAUUUGCCUCAAGACCUCCCCUCAUUUGGCGGUACUUGGAAGGAAUCCAUGAGGCAUUCCUAUCAAAUGCCCUGAUCACCUCAGCUGGCUUCUUUGAGUGUGAAGGAGCGACGGCUCUACCCCCAUGCUCCUGCUGCUUGAUCUCAAAGUUUCUUUUAGCUGCUUGUGUCCUCAAUCUCACCCUUUUUAUCACAAACAAGGAUCGAUUUAUGAAUCUUCGACUUUGACUUCCAGCUUGGCUCCCUGUUCACCAUGACAGUCUGUUGAGAAGAGAGUGAAGGGUAAAUAGUUGAUCCACUGUUCCACAGCCAGGACAAAAAUCCACAUUGUUCCUCCUGUAUCUGAGGUUCAGAGAUGAACAGAUCUCUUAGCACAGUUGUGAGUAGCAUGAUAGCCUGAUUUGAGACCCCUAUCUGGUAAUGCUUUUUAGGUCGUCUGCCUCUUGACCGAGACCCUCCAUGUGACCCUGAAGAAGUGUUUCAGCCCAGGACAACCCAACAAUGUCAAGAGAUGUAAACCUCGUAGCGUUAAACUUAAACACCUUACCACUGAGAAGCUUUUUGACUGUCCUCAGGAUGUGGCUGAGCUACUAGUUUUGGAUUUGUUCUGAGCCGUCGAUGGUUUGCUAGAACUUCCUUGACUGUUAGUCCUUCUCCAAAACCUCCCUAAACUCCUCUCAUAUCAGGGAUUCUGCUCUGCAACCACUGGCACUGCAGCCACCCCCUUGGUAUGAAAGAAAUACUCUCAAGGGUGAGAACUGAAGACAUGGCGGUGAGGGAGCUGCUCUAAAUGACUUUGAGUAAAUAAUAUAUUCUAGCUGUAAUAAUACAGUUUAUCUUUUGGUCCACUUCAGAUAACACAACCACAAUCAUGGGGAAGACUGCAGACUUGAAAAUUGUCUGGAAGAUGAUCAUCGUCUCUUUCGCAGGUCAUAACUGAAAUGGCUGACUGUUUGCAGAGUACUGUGGGAAGUAUACUAACUGGAAGUUGACUAAAAGGGAAAACUGUCGGAGGAAAAAGUGUGCUAGCAACAGUAGUGACAGCAGCCUUAGAGGAAAGUGGAUUUAAGAGCUCGAGAGAGCUUCACGAAGCGUUGACAGAGGCUUGAGUUGGUACAUCCGGAGGUUAGACUUUUCUUGAUACAGGCUAAAGUAAACAGAGAUAAAGUCUACUUAUAAUAUUGUCAUCAGCAUAACCAUAAACAUUUUGUAAAGUUUCAGCUUAGUGACAUCUGUGAUAAGUGCAAAUAUCUAUUUUUUUAUACCACUCAGUAUGAAAAAAAAUAAGCAUGCCCAGUGCAUUAAUGUCAAAUGCAGAAUGUCUUGUAGGCCGGAUCUUUUUUCUUUAAAGUUUAUUUUUGGUGCUUGUAUGCCUUUGUUCAAAUGAAGAGAUUGUAGAGUGGAUAGACCAGGAAAUCAUGUAGACUGAUGGAGAGUGAUACACAACAAAGAACCUGAGGUCAGAAUUGGGCCUUGUAGCUUCUGAGCACGUGGUGUGCAGUUUAACCACUGAGCUAAACCAGCGUUAUAGCCAGGUCUCAUUCGACACUAUGCAAGCUAGCUUGUUCUGGCUUUGUUUUCUAAGCAGCUUUCUCCUGCAUCGCUAAAUAUAGGUCAAAUUGAAGGAACUGUGAAAACACUCAAAUAUGCUGUUGACCGCAACCAGUACAGCAUGUGUCAGGGUUCAAGGAAUCACAGUAUGUCCCAGUUGUAUACUAACUGUAUGAACAGUGUAUAGGUGUAGUGCAGCUGCAAUUCAAAAAUAGAAAUGGUGAAAAGGUUUUCAGUUUUCAGCAUGGGUGAUUUAGCAAGGCAUGAACCACGCUUAUAUUUACUUUAAAAAAAAAAAAAGAAAAAAAAAACAGUUUGGACAUGCAAACAACAAGAAAAUAGAAAUAGGUAUCACAGAUGUUUGCAAUGUUUGAUGUUUUGUGAAAAACUGACAGUAUGUUUGAAUUGUCUUAGCCCACUAUUCUGCUUAAGUUAAAGAUUAGAGUAUUUUCCAAUUAUGAGUCCUCAGAUAAUAUUUUUUUAUUGAAUUUACUUUUGCUUAAAGGAUUAGUUCACUAUUUUCAAGCUUUUUUAAAUUAUUAUUAUUAUUAUUUUUUUUUUUUUUUACAAAAAUUGGUAUAUCCCACAUUGCGUCUUGCAGUAUCAAACAUUUUUAAAAACAAAGUUCACAAGAAACAUUUCAUGAAGUGCAAUAACAAUGUAAAACUGACGCAAAUAAGAUUGACAGGCAAUAUGUCAGAUAUGGAAGUACAGCUAAGUCCAAGCUUCAUAUUAGACUCUCCAACACAUACCACCAAGCUUUAGCAAACUGAGUUAGUUAAAAUGUACACCUGCACAGAUUUUAGUCUAUUUUUUGUGUCGCUGGACAAAGUUUCCCUUGUCAGUGACAGAGAUCUGUGUAAAUGAAGAGUAUGACUUCUGUUAUAAAAAACUGUAAAAUACGUUUUUGGGUAUGGUCAUGAACAUCAUCUGGAUUUCUGUGAAUUUUAUUGUCACUAUGGUGAAGGAAUGUCUAAUAUUACAGCAAAUUUUCUAGUAUUUAUGAAACAUUGGUGCAGAUCAGGCCACGAGUACCUUUAAAGACUCUCAAUAUUCGAACCUGCUCCCUCAAUGUUACAUUUAUCCUGCAGCUCAUUGCUUCAUUUUUGGUCCUCAAUGUGUUCAUCAAGCUUGCAACUUUUAAUGGGAAUUUAUAAUUUACUUUCUACAUUUUGAAGAAAGAAAUUUCUUUUUGACCUAAAUUUUUCAUCGUGUGGAUUAAAAAUGAUAUUUAAUCCAGAAAUACAGACUAUUAAUGCAACUUGGACAAAAGCUGACACUCAAAGUAGGCAUUGUUCUUUUGCUGAUGGUUGUGGUGCUUCGCAGUUCUGAUGGGCAACCGUUGAACUGUGGUGGAAAAGUCUGUCCUAUUGGCUGUCAUUCUUUGUUCAGGCCUUGGGGUUCUUGUGCCAUUCCCCCAGCACCUAACACUAACCACUCUGCUGCACAGCCCAGCUGUAAAAAUAGAUAGGAGAGAUCGCCCCAGAUAUGCACAGGCUCUCACACAGACACACGUAAGUAACGUACAAUACACACACUUUCAGCUGUUGAUAUGUGGCAUUUGUGGGGGUAACCUCACUAACAUAGGAAAGAGACAAAAAAACAGAGGAGGUGAAACCACAAAUAGUACAUUUAACUGACACUGAGUGAGUAUCAACCCUGUGACCUGCCUUUUUCAGAGAACUAUUGUUGUCAAAUUGACUUUUUUCUGACCUUCAUCUGAUGUUAAGGCUGCAGUGGGGGCUUACCUCCACCAGGUGGCAUUAGAUUCAUAAAGGUUGUAGGGUGGACAGCUAAAACUAUAAUAAUGAAGGGUUUCACUUUCCUUCAGAUUUAAAUUUUACAGGAUUAGAAUUGAACAUAGACAACUUUAUCGUAUUAUUUUCCUUUGUUACACUUCUUUUUAGACGCAAGGUUCAAGUGUUUUCCAUGAAACAACCGUACAACAAGAGAAACAAAGCAAACAAUAAGAUUGAACAAUAGCAAUACCUUAAAAAAUAACAACCAUGAGGGACACAAAUGACUCAAUCAGAUUUAAUUGAUCAGGCUUAUUCUAUAGAAACCAGACAGGUUUACUCUGUCUUGUCUGUACUUAGAAAUGUUUUUUUUUUAUUCUAUCUUAUUUUUAUUUCAGAUGAAAUAUAAAAACAAGGAUUAGAUGUGAAAUGAGGAAUAGAGUUUGGUGUCGGCCAUUUAUGUCAGCUUUGAAUGCAAAGGUUUCCUGCUCUCACAGUCCUGUAAACGGAUACCCUCAUUAAUUCAUGGUCUAAAAGCAACAAAAAGACUUUCUGCAACUAAGUGGUGCAGAAAGGCCGGUUAAAAACCUCACCUGUUGAUGUUAAUGUUUUAAAGUUUUCACAUCCUAACAGCUGCAUGACUUCAGUUGAAUAAAACAGUGAUUUGAUAUACUCCACAGGCCUUGUUGCACCUCCUCCUCCUCUCCUCGGGGAAGCAGCAUGGGGAGUACUGUCUGCGAUACCUGAGCCCACUCCUGGGAGUGAGCUGGGCGGGGUUCAGAUCUCACUAGGUAAAGAAAAGAAGAGAGGGUAGGGGGAUGGACGAAACAGGUGUGUGUGUGUGUUAUGAAAAGCAGCUAAAGAUUGGUUAUGAAAACAGCCGUGUUUGUCUCUACGUGUGGUCAAUAGGGCUUUGUGAUUGAUGGCUCGGCUAUUUCGCCUGGCAGCUGGUGCUGUGCGAUGCCCGAGAACAGCACGAGGAAACAAUGCAGGUAGGUGCUAUACUCUUUAUGAGGUGUGCGGUUCAUGAAGAACUGCUUAUUCCUAUUAUAAACAAAAAAGCUGCAAUUAAAGGGGAGCAGACUGUAUUAUAUUUAGUGUUGGUGCCAUUUUCCUUAUACACUCUAAUGUGUCACUGGUUACAUUUCUAUAUCUCCUGUCUCAUUAGUUUGCUGUGAAUGUUUUGACCUCUGUUCUAGUUUCCCUCCAGGACUGCUCAAACGGCUUUCAACGGAGCUUCAGCCAGACGUGUUGGUAUAUAUUUCUCAGAGCUUCAUCAUAUAGAAAAUAAGCCAAAUGUAGCCCUCACCUCACUUUGUAACUAUAACUUAUGGUCCUGUGAUAAAUACAGGAUAUGUAGUAUAGAUAAAACUGGCAGAGGAGUUUCUUUAGAUUAGCAGCAGUGAUUUAUAACCCCUUGUCUGUUGUGCUAUGGUUAAGGUGAGCAUGGUGACACAGUUAAUGAGUUACAAAAUGGAUACAUGUACCUUAGUUGACACCGCUGUUUCCUUCCUGUAGCAUAACCAGAGUGUACCGACGACUGAGUCCCAUCAGCAUCAUGGCCAAGAAAAGUGUUGAGUCUGGUAUGUUUCAUUUUACCUCCAUCUUCGAUUUUCCUCCCUCCUCUUAAAAUGCAGCCUGCGUUUUCCUGCUUUGUGUUUAGUACUUUGUGUUUUUUUCUAUUUGUUUAUUAUAAAACUUGAUAUAACUGUCAUUCUUAGCUUAACUUUUAAGUAUCAUAUUUAAAGCUUUAAGAAUGUGAUCUUCAAUCUGGAUGGAAAUGUUCUGUAGAGGAUCAUGUUUUUUUUAUCAGAUGUCAAAAGUCAUAUUCGUGCCUUUUCAUGUCUUUUAUUAAAAUCCCUUUGUGAUAUGGUUUACGGCAGCACUCUUCCAUUUCACUAAAGGACGCGCACACUUCCACAGUUUUCACUAAUGUAAAUGAUGCAUAAAGAAAUAGUUUGAAAAUGGGUAUCUAAGCGCUCCUGUGUGUCUGACAGGCCUCACAUGGGAGGUGAGGGCAAACAGACGCCACCACCACAAACACAAACAGAAGAAAUCCUUCCUGUGCUUCCGCUGGGGGCGAUACGCAGUGAGUCAGCCACACGUGUCCCUCUUUCCCCGCACAUGGAGCUCAGACACCUGUUGGCAUGUUGAUGCAUAGAGAAACAGGUGAAUGUGUUGAUACAUUUAUCUCCCUUGUGCUUCUCCCUCUCUCUCGCUCUCUCGUCUUGUUGGUUGCUAGGACAAUGUGCUGCGCAGCCAUAAGUACUCCCCCCUGACUUUCCUACCCCUGACGCUGUUCGAGCAGUUCCAGCGAGUGGCCAAUCUCUACUUCCUCCUCAUGAUGGUGUUGCAGGUCAGAUAAAGACUCUGGUAUCCUCUCACACAGACACCAGUGAGUCUCGGUCCACAUUUCUACAACAGGCUCAGCUUUCACCUCAUUAUUCUGUUGGGUAGACAUAUUCAAGUCCGUAAGACAGAAAUGUCCUUAAAUGUCCUUAAAUGUCCUUAAACAUGCACACAAUCUUACCCUGUAUUUUUAUGUGUUUUUUUUUUCUCUUGUGACCUACUAGUCCAAUUCUUUUUUAUUAGAUCCAUUUAAACUCAGGGUGUGUCGUGAGUUAUAAGUCCACACAUAGUCCGUAAAGAUUACAGCAGUCAAAUGUUUUUUUCUGCAAAGAAUGGUAGCCUGGAAGGAAAAAAAUCCCUCACUUCUCUAACUGUGGUCAUUUCUUAGCUUUUGCUUUUAGACAAUUAUUUAUCUUUCUUAGUAUCAGAUCUGCCUUGUUCAACCAAAUAACCUAAAAAAACUUGAUAUAUGUAUUCCCAGUGUAUCUAAUAAUGAACAUUUUAAGCAAAAUUAUUUUUACUUUUGAACAGACUGCAUGAAAAUGAGUGUGAUCUUGUUGAGCCGCUGGUUUCAGACAAAAUGAUGGUGUCUUUACAGGAAAUGCUAAGUCAAACUAACUCUCAGCAUAGAGGUGAAGUUGAGGUCAUGACCGAGCUACCUGUUAAAUAUCUACGAGGAGUCAGUCAAAUUAUCCACAUAUUUAAUGCAUAGUUAUGCUUUUUAUUAUAUCACCGAGGGAACUGCAGGUUUCUGUAACACCUUCAUUUUUCAACACUGGAGUUUGACGUACCGCUGUGUCUCUCUUCCUCCUGUUCAUGUGUCCAUGUUGUCUCCAGUGUGUCCCUGCCAUCUCAUCCAUCCCCUGGUACAUCACCAUCAUCCCGCUGCUCACCGUACUCUCCGUGAGAGGCAUGAAAGACCUUGCCACAGACAUGGUGAGGCCAGCAUUACGCAGUCCCCCCUCUCUCUCUCUCUCUCUCUCUCUCUUUCUCUCUCUGUCAGGAAGGAAAUCAUCCCUCAUCAAUGAAAACACCCGCUAAGACACAAAUGCAUGAUCUUAAACAUGAAUAUACGACCGGUUCAGGAUGCAUUUAUGCACCUGGCACUUAAGCAUCUCCGCUCUCUUUUUUCCCCUUCAUUGUCCUCAUUGACUCCUUGUCCUCUCCUCGCUGACAGAACCAGUCAUCCCAGUAGCAUUAAUUUCCCCCUCUAUCAUUAAAGCUUUUCCUUUUAAAUGCAGGCGGGAUGUUUUGCAUGGUGAAUUCUCUGGUUAAGUGCAUCACUGAGUUACGGUCGUUAACAGCUCUGGGUGAAACGCUUGCUUGACCCCUCUCUAUUGACUAAUCAUUUAGUGGAGGGUGUAAAUCUCCCAGCUGGUGUCACUGUAGAGCCCUGUAAUGGUGUUUCUCCUUUCUCCUUUCUCCAGUUCAACCUUUCAUGGCCAGCCUCACUCCCUCUCACACACUGCUUGUCCAUCACUCUUUUCCCACAUCCUUGUCCUGCUUCUCUAUCUUUCCUUUUCCCUCUUCGUUUUUUUUCUCCAUCGUGCCUCAUUUCUCCGUCCCCGAUUCAGGCGAGAAGACGCAGUGACUCAGAGGUCAACUCCCGACCCUGUGACGUACUCAUCUCCCAGAGGUGAGGAACAAAGACAGUGGGUUAUUCUCUUAAGAUUCAGCACAGUUCCAGGUUGAAACAGCCCUCUAAUGAAGCUCUAAUGAAGUGUGAAUGAGUGAAUCCCUGGAUGAUCCCUUUGUGCAUUAGAGCAGGGCAAUAAUACACACAGACACACACACACACAGAGCAUUUUUUCAUGACAAGAACUAACGCCAACCUCAUCGCCACACCUUCUGAACUCUGUUUCCCCUGAAAUACUUUUCUUUUGACUUCCCAUGAUCUGAACACUACUCUCCAAUUUUUUACACAAAAAUGCAUCAAAGAAAAUUAACAAUUUAGUAAAGGUUUUUUAAUAAAAAAAGAAAUAAUUCAGUCUCAUUUUUGAAAGGAUUAAAAAUUAUUUGUUUCUGACAUUUAAAUGUAAGCCUGCUCUAUUUUAGUUAUAACAAAUUAUAACAAAUCUGUCUUAGCAUUAGAAAAAUGUAUAUUUUGGCUGUAGUUCUAGUGUAAAUCUGUGUAUUAAAAUAAUAUUAUUUGAAUAUAUUUGAAUUUUUUUAUGCAAAUUUUAAUGCUGUGUGUCUGUAAACGGCAGCUUUGCAUAUGGGAGAGAUUUGCCACCAGGUUUUAUGAUGUUUCUACUCAUGGAAGUCAGUAGUUGUUGUUUUUUUCCACAGUAUCGUCUCUUUUCUGUCUUCAGGUUCAGUGCAGCCCAGUGGAAAGAUGUGUGUGUCGGAGACGUGCUACGAAUCCACAAAGACCAAGUCAUCCCUGUGAGAAUUUUAACAUAUGAUCACACAAGUUGACAUUAAAAUAGAGAAAAUGAAGCAUCUAUUUUAUCCAUAAAGUGGAAGUAAAACUAUUUCAACAUCAUACUUUCAAGUAGUUUUAUAGAAUAGAAAACUCCAGCAAAGCAGCAUUCUAUAGCUCAAGUUUUAUAUGUUUGUUCCGUGCCUCUCUCGCCCUGUUUGCAUUUUUGACAGUCACUCUCUAGUCUCGUCUUUCGCUUUUUUCAUCUUUUUAAGCUUUCUUCUUUUCCAGGCUGACCUUCUCCUCCUGUGUAGUUCGGAGCCUCAUAGUCUGUGUUACGUGGAGACAGCAGAUAUUGAUGGGUAAGAAACACAGCCAGUCUUUUCUGUUUAAUCAUUAUUAGAUUGUACUCAGCAAACAAACUUCAUUCAGUCAUUCUGUGUGUAUUUUACAUUUUGUGCCAGAGGCAGGGUUGGUAGCAAUGUUUCUUUUUUAAUAUCCAAUUCAAUCUAAUCCAAAUUUAUUUAUAUCACAUUUAAAAACAACAAAAUUCUGACCAAAGUGCUGUACAGUAAAAAUUUUUUAAAAAACAAUAAAAACAGACAAUUAAAAAAAACAAUAAAACAAAGACACAGGACCACAUUUAUAAAACAGGGGGACAUAGAUGACAAAAUAUACGUAGAUUAAAAUAAAAACAGAAAAAAAAUUGUGCAACAUAAUCAAUAUGAGUAUAAUGUAAAUAAGUGUUGUGGUUAAACUAUCUCUGGGUCAGAAAUUUGAAGAUACGGUUUUUAAUGCUAAUUUUUUUGCACGUCUGAUUCUUUGAAGGCUCAAAAGUGUAAAAGUUGUGACUUUUGGGUUUUAGAAGUUUAAACCAGCUAAAAACUGACCAGUCCUAGAUGUGAAAACUCUGUUAUUUAACUUUUUGAUCAGUCUAUAUUUAAAGCUUUCCACAAAAAAAAAAAAAAAAAAAAAAAAACUAUUAUGUUCCUCCAUAUCUGAACUCUGUAAAGUCACACAAACUGCAUGCAGCGUUGUCCUUUCAAUUUUUCUUCUUUACAAACUGGUUAUUUGUACAGUGUCAUUACAGCUUAUGUCGUCUUUUCUCAAUACAGAGAAACCAACCUCAAGUACCGUCAGGCGCUCAGUGCUACACACAACGAGCUGACCUCUCACCCCUCAGAGGAGGCCCUUUCUGCCUUUGAUGGUGAAUAAACGUCCUCUGUUAAGAAUACAAAUUUAGAUAAAGAAGUGUCUUCUUUACUGAAUGAAACACUUGUCCAAAGCAACAGCAAAUAAAUGACCUCUGAUCUUACAGGCGAGGUGCUUUGUGAAGAGCCCAACAAUCGCCUGUACACCUUCAGAGGCCAGCUGCACUGGCGAGGAGAGUGUCUACUGCUGGACAAUGAGCACAUCCUCCUGAGGGGAACAGUCCUACGCAAUACAGAGUUUGCCUACGGCUUGACUAUAUAUACCGGUACAUGUCAAAGGAUUCAUUCAGUUUAGUAAAAAAAUAUGCUAAAUUUAGAGCAGUGUUAUUGAGCUGUGUGAUGGUGCGUCUUUUCUGCAUGUUAUGGGUAUGAAACAGGUCUGCUAAGUUGAAAAUUGGGAGAAUCAGGUAAAAGCAAAGGAUGAACACAGAAAGGAGAGACUAACAUUCAUGGCAGAAGCUCAUAAAGGUAAAUGAAUAGUAAAGGAUAAAACUACCACAACCACUUAGCCUCAUUUCACCUUCUCCUGAGGCUGAUUCAAUGACAAAUUUUACUAUGUGGAAUGCAUUAUACUGCUAAUUAUGAACAUUACUUAUCUCUUAAAUAUGCCUCUGUUAACGCUGGGCAGAUUAAAGCCUCCUCCUGUCUUUUAAGUGAUCAUUGAUCGGAUAUUACCAUACCGGACCAGGCAGAGGUGUCAUAGAUUUCACUGCUCUGGCCCUCUCAGUUCUGGUAAAAACCAAUCAAUACAUCAAAUUCUCCCACAGAUGAGUUUUUAUAUCAUUCAUCUGAGACUGCCUAUUGGUGUGACCCUAAUUCACCCUGAUUAUAACUAUUCCCACGAAGACUCAAAUUCACAGCCUACUUUGAGUUAUGUGUGAUCAAAUUGGACAUGCUGUUUUUGUCGGAGGGUGAAGUUGUCUGUAUCUUUGGACGGUUUUAGGAAUUAGACAUAUCCUUAGUGUUUGUCAUGAAGCUAUCAGCAGUCUAAGAGAGACUGAGACAUCAUCACUGGAAAACAUAAUGUGAUGCUUUAUUGAUCCCUGCAAUGGAAGUACUCUCUUCCCUCUGACCUCUUGGCAGCAGGGUCAGACACCCCCGGAACUGGUGGGGAUUCAGCAUCUUGCUCAAGGGCACAUCAGCAGAUACUUACUGACACAAGGGCUUGAACUUUCACUGUACAGCUGCAUGGAUGGUUUCCCAACUUGCUGGGCCAAGCUACUGACACAAACACGCUUAACACUUGUCUGUUUUGUUCCAGGCACGGACACCAAGAUCCUGAGGAACUGCGGGAAACUGAGAGUGAAGAGGACCAGAACGGAGAAAGUUUUCAACAAAGUUGUGUUGGGGGUGAGUGGGUAAAGGGCAGGGGGAACAAGAAUGAGGCGACUUGUGUGGCUGAUACAAACUUUUGUGUUUCUGUGUUCUGAACCUCUAGAUAGUCCUGUCCAUCCUUCUGGCGGCUCUGCUCCUUGCUAUCGGCAGUGGCGUAUUUUCCAGCUGGGUCAUGAGCCAGACUGCAGUUUCGUCUGCUCUGGUGGUGAACGGAAAUCCUGUCUACACAGGGUUUCUCAUCUUCUGGAGCUACAUCAUUCUGCUCAGCCCUGCCAUGCCUAUAGCUCUCUACAUCACGUUAGUUUUUUAUGUACAAUGCUUCAAAGAAGAAGGUGGAAAUACACCUGAGUGAAUCUUUCAUACUAUCUAACGGUGUGUAUGACCUCCACAUGUGUGUGUCCACAGGUUUGAGGUCAUCCACACAGUCCACAGUAAGUUUAUCGCCUGGGAUAUGGAGAUGUAUUGGCAGCAGGCGGAUAGACCAGCCCAGGCGAGGAAUACCUCCCUGAGUGAAGAGCUUGGCCAAGUGGGAUACCUGCUGAGUGACAAAACUGGAACACUCACCCAGAACCGUCUCCUCUUCAGACAAUGCUGCAUAGCUGGAGAGAUCUAUGGUAACUGGAAAACCAUUCACCGAAUUUAUUACAAAAUAUAGUAAAUGUCCAUGAGAAACUAUAGCCAUCCUUCUCAGAACAAAAAUAACCACAAGUCUCCUGAUAAACCUCCUAAGAAAGUAUUAUUUUGCAGAACUAGCAAGAACAAAUCACAGACUUUUCUGAUCCAGCUCAGCUACAAAUUGAAUCGCUCUUUUCUCUAGUUUUGUAUUUGAACUUAGCACUCGUUUUCCACAGGAUUUAUUGCACAUCAAAUUAGGAAUUCAACACAGCCUUAAAAUGCAUCCUUGCAAAAACCUGAAACAAUUUUCAUUUGAGUGGAAGUCUGAGGAAGUAGAUAAGUUGAUCAUACAGUUGAUGGAAAAUAUAUUUUUGGACGUCAAAGUAAAGAGAAAUCAUUUUCAUUUCUUUAAUUUUAAAAACUACUUUCCUUAUGAGACAGACGACAAGAGAGUUCAUAGAGCAGCCACUAAAUUCAAACAAAGUUACAAUCACGUCACUUAUAUGUAAUGUUGUCUGAGCCCCUUACUUGUUAAGCCAAUGUCUGUUUACUCAUUUUCUUCUUAUUUUAAUGCACUUUUACUGUGUUUAUCAUGCUUUUUUAAACAUGUCAUGUGAUAAAAUAAUACGUCAUCUUUUCAAGGUGAUGCAUCAGUCAGAGCAGAGGACACUAAGGUACCAUGUACACUCUGUAAAAUCUGCCUUCUCAAACUCUUCCUUGUGUUAUCUUUUCCUCGUCUUUCAGAGCAAGUCCUCUAUGGUCUAAAGUUUUGUGUCGUUGUCAUCGGCCUCAUUUUACGUACUGUAUACUUACAAUGCCUAGUAACAUAUACCCUGUGCACCAUCUUCUUCUCUUUGCAUGUCCAGCCCAUGGACUUAAGGUGGAAUUCCUUUUCCUGUGGUGGUCUGUAUAUGUCGGCUCCAGGUCUGGUGGAGAAGCUCCGAGGACAGCAGUGUGUGAUCAGUCGUCAGUUUCUCACAGCGCUGUCUUUGUGUCACACCGUCAUGGCAGAGUGGAAAGAAGGUUGUGUCUGAGGGCUGGUUUUAAGGGUCUUAAUUUGUACUGUGGCUCAGAUAAAAGCAGAUCUGGUUGGGUUGUUAUUUUCCAUCCUAAAUCUCAUGUCUGAAUCUAGUGUCCCAUAUAAAAUUUCAGUUUGUCACAGUGGACGUUUUAGGAGGACAACAUGUUAUCCUCAAGCUUUUGUGCUGACUGCAUUCUUCCAGAGGCUCCAGUUUACCAGGCUGCGUCCCCAGAUGAGGAGGCUCUUGUUGGUGCUGCCAGGGAGCUGGGCUGGGUCUUUCUCUCCAGGACAAGAGACUUUAUUGUUGUCUCUGAGCUGGGUGUCACACGGCAGUAUCAGUUGCUGGCACUGCUGGACUUUACCAGCACAAGAAGACGCAUGUCUGUACUGGGUGAGCGUAGCUCCUCUAAAUACACACAACAAUUUGUCGGUUCAGCUAUUUCUUGGCGCCCUUUUAAGACCCACUCCGUUGAAAAUCAUGUUUUUCUUGUUUUUUAUACAUUCAUAUGGCAUUUUUCUGAUGCUACAGGACAUAUCCAGAGAAUUUUUAAAUGCGAAAUUACUUUUCUACAGUACUUCUACAUUCAAAUUGCUGUGAAUAUCUGGCAGACUCAAACAGCAGGUUCAGAAACAGUGAGAUUUCAUAUGUAACCAAUCCAAGCUCCGCCCCCGGAACCCCGCUAUGCAGGCCACACUACAUAUAGAAGAGAAAUACAGAGGAUGAUCGCGGAACAAGCGUGCGCCUUAGCGGGUUGCAAUGCUUAUAAGAAAGCUAAUUAUGAUAUUAGCUUUCAUUGUGUCCCUGUCUCCGCCCUUGAUUCAGAGGCGAAUAACUAAUGAUCUACUGGAGCUCUGCAGAAUGUAACCUGAUUUUUGGUAAAAACGAUAUAAUCACAAUUUAAAUACUACUGAGAUAACUUAAAAUAGUAAAAAAAUAAAAGAAAAUAAAAAAGAAGACUGUAGUGGGACUUUGAUUGUUAUUUAGGAGCUCAGUGAAGCAGACUUUUCCUCCUGAUAAGUUUUCUUUGGUGCUUGUGUGUUUUAUUUCAGUGCGUGAGCCGGAGGGUGGGUUAAAGCUGUACUGUAAAGGGGCGGAUAUUGUGAUCUUGGAAAGACUGCAGAAGGAUUGUCCACAUCAGGAAAGAACUGAAAGCGCUCUAGAGGUGAAUAGUUGUUCUGUUGAACUAUAAACAUGUGUUGUUAUUAAACCUAUCAUUACUUUGUAGAUUUUGGAUUCCAGAUCCAGCAUCAACAAGUUAAAAAUCAAUUCAGUGAUGUGAACAUGAAGAAAUCCUGUCUUAAGACGGAGCGCUUGGAGAUAAAAACAUCAUAACAGUAUGCUCAAAGCAGCCUCACAGGUGUAAAUCUGUCUGAAUCACCGUGCUCAUUUAGUGUGUUGGCAUUUUUCAGUGAGUAUGAAUAGUAAAACCUGAGUGUAGAGAAAAUGCAGACACUACUCCUACAUUUGAUCACUCUCAAAAGUAUGAAAGUCGGUAUAAAUGUGAUACCCAGGAUCAAAGAUAACGCACUACCUCUAUAAGACACUACACAUACAAACUCCCUCAAACCAUCACAACAUUUACUGACAAAUACAAUCGUCGCUCUCACAGUGGAUCGACAGUAGAGGGCUCUCUAAAAGGGGGUCAAACGGGUCAUUGUACAGGGGAAUGUGGUUUUCCAAACAAUAUCAUCCCAUUAGUUAUUAAGACAUUUCUCUGUGGAUCAAAGUGGUGGGCCCACUGACCAACAGCCUGUUGUUGUUGUUCUCCCCACACCAAUAUUAAUAUAUCCAAGUUUUGUUUUUAAUUGUCUAAUCAUCACAACUUUAACACACUGAAUCAAGCAUCUCAAAGUUGUAGAAAUCAACGAGAGAAUUCUUCAUUAACCAUCAGAGUAGUUUAUAAGAAAAGUGAACCCGUUGAACCUCCCGCCCAUUCAAGACUUACACAUGACCCAAGUCAGGAAACUGGCAGUAACAUCAGUCCUGACCCAUCAUCGGCCUAGACUCAACUUGCUCAAACUUCGCUCCUCUGGUACGCGCUACAGAAAAGUGUACGCCUAAACAACCAGACGCGAUAUUCUAUUCCCGCAGGCCGUUGCUCUUAUGAACAGUUAACACCAGUUAUACAGUGUCAGUCACCCUGUGACACCAAGACAUCCACUUGUUUCCAUUAUAGAUUUUUUUCAGUUUAAAAUGCACUUUUUAACAUGAACAUAUCAUCAUGCUCUGCCAGUAUACCUUCUCCUGUAAUUACAUUGAGAGUAAUGAAAAAAACAAGCAAAUCCUUGUACUGCAUGUUCACAUACUUCUCCCGCAAAACCAAGUAAGAUUACCUUGAGUAUGUCCGAGUCAAACUGUGAAAGAUAACUUACUCAAAAAUGCGCAGCUCAUCAAAUAAUAAUCCACUUUUCUUCUGCCAGUUGUUUGCUGAGGCCUGUCUGAGGACCUUGUGUGUUGCGGUUCGAUCUGUUCCCGAGGCAUCAUGGGAGCAAUGGAGUAAAACCCUGGCUGAGUCUGCUGCCAUGACAACGUGUGACCGUGACGCACUGCUGGAAAAGCUAUAUGAUGAGAUGGAGACAGAGCUGCAGGUGGGCUCGAGCUAAAUGAGGCUUAAAGAUGUUUACUGUGCUUCAUGUGGUAAAGCCGAUCCUUUUCACUGCACAAUGAACGAUGUUCAGAGCCGACGUCUCCUCAUUUUUAAUCAUCGCCUUUGGUAGAUUUUCUGCUCGAUGGCAGAGAUCACUUUCAUCUCUGCAUGUCAGCAUGUUGGUAAUCAGUUAUCCAAAUAUCAGGAAAUAGUUUGAAAACUUAUUUAAACUUGUUUUGUAGCUUCUAGGAGUGACAGCGAUAGAGGACCGGCUUCAGGAGGGUGUUCCUGAAACUAUAGCUCUGCUUCAACAGGCUGGAAUUAAAGUAUGGGUACUGACAGGGGACAAAAAAGGUAUUGUCACACACUGUUUGUACAAAGCAACAUUUGAAUGCCUCGUUUUAGUUUCGGUAUCACUGUGCUUUCUGUCUCUCUUACUCUCUCUCUCUCUUUGGGCUUGUCCUCCUCUUAGAGACUGCAGUGAAUAUUGGAUAUUCUUGCAAACUCCUGCAUCCUGAUACCAGAUUACUGGAAUGGCAGGAGCUGAGGUUAGCAGUGAUAAAAAUACACAAAGACACACACAUGCAUGAUCUCAACCCAUGUCAUUGAUCUUUGCGUAUUUGUCCCUGCAGACAGAUACUUCAGUCCCCAGACCCUGGGGUCAGUUUCUUUAAGGUCAGGCAGACGGAGCUGUGGGCUGUAGACACAGAGACGACACGAGCUAAGACUGCUGUAGUCCUCACUGGACCUGAGCUGGUAAACAUCCGACAUACAGGAAAUAGGUCACUCAUGUAGGUUUUAAAUUUCCGUAUAGUCGGUGCUGUUCAGGUUGCUCAUGACCCAGUAUCAUUAUGCACUGUGCUGUUCAUGAUCAGCACAGGAAAUGAAACAGAUUCAUUUCUAAGUCAUUUCUAGUCAGUUAUUUUUGCUUUUGGUGUGUACAAAAAUGAUGUGUCAUAUCAUUAGCUGCUGAAUACUCCUUUUUUAUUUUGAACUAGUUACUUACUGUGUAUAAACAGUGCUGAGCAGGUGGUUUAUAGUGGGUUUUCAUUGUUUUAACUUACACACAGCUGUAAAAUAAUUCAGAAUUGAUAACAAUGAUAGUCAAGGACUGAACAGACUAGCAGAAAAAAACAAAGAUAUCUGCAGACUGGACACUUCAGUCACAAAUUGUAUUUUGUUUGUCUCUGCAUAUGACCCUCUUUACAUAAAUUUUGAACAACUGUAAUGAUAGAAAAAACACACACACAGAGGCCUGAAGAAGAUACUUUCAGACCUAAAAUAGGCUCAAAGCAAAAGCAGAGGCAGAGAUUCAGAUCAUUUUAUAUGAAUACACUUAGGUGUUUUGAUGGCGUUGUUCUGCAGGCAGAGUUUGACCAGAGACCAGAAUGGGGAUCAAUGUUCAUGAGGUUAGCAGAACAGUGUGAGUCUGUGUUAUGCUGUCGUGUAACACCUGGACAGAAAGCUGACGUCGUCACGUUGGUCAAGAAACACACAAACUCUGUCACCAUGUCCAUCGGGGAUGGAGCCAAUGAUGUCAAUAUGAUCAAGAGUAAGUUAGAUCUGAUAGAUGUAUGUGUGUGAGAAAUUUUUUUUCAACUCUAAAUUACAAAACCAUACUGACCACUCAACUCUGUUUUUCUCCUACAACAGCUGCUCAUGUCGGUGUGGGGAUAGCAGGAGUGGAAGGGGGCCAGGCAGUGCAGAAUGCAGACUUUGCAUUUUCCCAGUUCAGAUUCCUGCAGAGACUGCUGCUUGUCCACGGCCGCUGGUCCUACAGGCGCAUCUCCCUCUUCCUACGUUACUUCCUCUUUAAGACUUGCAGCUUCGCUCUAGUGCACAUAUGGUUUGGUUGCUUCAAUGGCUUCAGCGCUCAGGUUAGACACAAAAGACAUUUGGUGACACAGAAACUAGACAUGACGUAGUUAACCUUAAUAUCCUGCAUUCACCCCUUUUUUUCCUCCUCUUGCAGUCUUUAUAUGAAACAUGGUUCAUCGCUUUGUACACUGUCUUCUACACAUCCACCCCGGUCCUGUGUGUGGCCUUCUUUGAACAGGUGAGACGAUUAUUAGGGUUUGUGUUGUAAUUAAAGCUUAGUGUUGCUCUUGGCUCCUCCUUCAAAGCGGUGUGUCUUAUCUUGUUGAUGAUCCUGCCCUUUAUUGUAAAUGCUCAGGAAGCGUUUUCUGACUUUUGUAUCAGUCAAAGGUAUCACUGAGUACAGAUGCAUCUCAAUAAAUUGGAAUAUUAUGAAUAAGUUCCAUGUUUUCCAUCAGUUUCCUAAUAUGUAGUAAGAAGCCCCAAGCAAGUACUGAGAGUGCGUAUGAAUGUCCUCUUCCAGAGUUGGGCAUUUCUGUGUUUUAGAUUGUUUCCAUGCUCUAAUGAUUCUGACUUUCAGAUUUCUGAUUUUCAUUAAUGACAGGCAAUAAUUUAGGAUAUUUAAACAAAAACAGCUCUACAAAUGAAAUGUGAUGAAAACACAAAACAUAAAAGUUUACUGUCAUAUAAUAAAUUAUUAAGAUAAAUGGGCCACAGAAUAAGUCAGAACAGUCAGUCUUACUCCUGUUGUAGUCUAAGUUGUUUUUGUAGCUCAUAUAGAUUCAUUAGUGUUUCAUAAUCAGCCGUAACUCAUUUUAUUAUCUAGUAUAAUUCCUCACGUAAAACACCAUCCUUCCUUGUUUUGUUCUAGGACGUGAGCGCAGAGAGUAGUUUGAAAUGGCCGGAGCUGUACAAAACUGGACAGAAACAGGAGCUGUCCAGUCCUCUCAAGCUCUUCUUGUCCCUUCUGUACGCUGUGUAUGCGUCUCUUGUUCUCUUCUUCAUCCCGUUUGGAGUAUUUUACAACACGGCCUAUGACUACCAGACCAUGGCCGUGACUGUCAGCAUGGCUGCCUUGUAUACUGCCAACAUUGAGGUCAGAUCAAAUUUUUCACUCAUACAAAGAACCCACAGAAAUGUGUGAUGAGUCAAAAAUGUAAGAUAAAAACAUGGGAGGAGGGUCAGAGAUGUAGUUGCAUGUCAAGGAAUAUUUCCUCUUACAUGAAUUGACAGUAUUAUUUAAGCAUUUAUCUUUUACUUUAACAGAGUGACUCUUGAUUCAUCUAAAUGUGAAAAAAGGUUUAUUUACUUUUAUGAGCUUAAUUGAAAAAUUGCAACGUAGUUAUAAAGUGAAUAUUUCAUUGUUGAAAUUGAAACGCUGUUUAAAAACACUGAAAUUAACUGUCCAUUAUGUGUAGGUUUUUUGUUGAUUUAUAUUUAUAAAAUAAAUGAAAUAAAUCCCCCCUCGAUACUCUAAAAAGUAAGAGAACCAUAAUAUUGACCGGGUGGCGGCGCUCUCUGUAGCCUAAAAGGUCUCACAGUGCUGGGCAGGAGCUCUGGCGAAUGCCUAGUCCACCGCAAAAUUAAUUUGUGAUCGAUCACGAGAGAACUAUGUUGUGAUCUCGUAAGAAAAUAGGGGUAAAAAAAAAUUUUGUUAACUAUCAAUUAUUUACCUCACCUUCUUGUGAACAUUUCUUUCGUCAUACACUGAUUCUGCUUUUCCCUCAGAUGGUUCUGGUGACCAGAUUCUGGACAAAGUUCAAUAUCGCGACUGUGGUUGGCUCUGUUGUGUUUUUCUACAUCUGUACCAAGAUCACUCACAGCAGUCGUCUGUUUCUGCGAUCACCCAAAGACUAUUACUUUCUUGGUACACUUCCGCUCAUCUCAUCUUCUCUGUGUCACCAAAACAAAAAGCAUAAAAAUAGUCAAUUUUUGAUCAAUUUAUGUUUGACUAGUGUGUGUGUGUGUCUUUUCCGUCAGGUGCGGCUGAUAAGGCCUUCAUUGAUCCUGUUGUGUGGCUCACAGCUCUGCUCACUGCCUGGACGGCUGUUCUGCCCUCAGUGACCGCACUGGCUCUCAACGCAGUCCUUACAGCCUGUGACAAACACAAGGUGAGACAAAGAAAGAGAAAAAUGAGUGGAGGAUUAGCAAAACAGAAACACCAGUGUUUAAAUUCAUGUGAAAAUGAGGAGAGAAAAAUAAAAUGGGUGAGACAUCCAAGAAAACAAAAACUAACGUUCUUUAAAUUGAUCGCUGCCGUUUACAAACUGUGGAGGUUUUCAUGGCUCUAUGAAACGUCUUGCAACAGCCCUCCUCUUUCUUACUCUUCUUUCUUACUCCAGUGUUUUGUUGAAAAUUCAGGUAUUUAUUCAGUAUUUUCUCAGUCACUUCUUUGAGUUUUCUGCAUCCCUCUCUGACAGAAACAGGGUGCUUCAGACAAGUCCAAAAUGAUAUAUAAAAAAAACCAAAAAACUGUAACGAUAGACAUGUAAUGUUAUGUACUUUUAUUCUAAAUGGUUAGAAAGCUCACACUGUGACUGGUUUGUUUUAAUGGGUUCCUAUUCACCAAGUUAAAUCAAAUUUGAAACACUUUACUUGACGCCUAUCUCUAUAACGCAUUAUAAAUAUGUGUAUAAUGCAUUAUAAUCACGUUAUAGCUCUGCAUAAUUAUAGUUAUGAACACUCAUAAAUGAUCAUAUUGCUUUAUAGCAAUAAUCAUAACACAUUAUAAAGCAUUUUAUCAUGACUUACAAGGUCAGGUAUUAUAAUGUGUUAUGCUUAUUGUUAUAAAGCCUUAUGAUAAUUAAUGGGUGUUUAUAAUGAUAGUUAUACAAGCUUAUAAGCAAAUUACAGCACAUCAUAAAUAUAUGUAUAAUGCAUUAUCUAUGUGGACAUUGUCAGUGAGUUGUAAACAGUUAUAACACAUUAUAAUACCUGACCGCAUUACACAUAUAUUUAUAAUGUGUUAUAAUCACAAAUAGGCGUCAAAUAAAGUGUCACUAAAAGGUUAAAAAAAAAAAAAACACCAACAAUCGUCCACUAACUCUCACCUGGCUGUGACGCAGGUCCACAAUGUGACACAGCAGCCAGUGGAGCUGAGGUCAAAGUUCAGACGAGAAAUGUCUCUACGCCGUUCCUCCUACGCCCUCUCUCAGGGGGCGGGGCCUGGACGCCUCAUCACCUCAGGGACAUGCAUCCGCAGCACGGUGCCAACGGUGGAUGAGAAGGUGGCUGUAAAUCAAAACCCCACUCACUCACACAGCGAAAUCCACAUGACAGACAAUGUGUUACACUGAUGCAUCAAAUAACUCCUGGACACUUUCUGAUAGAUUUCAGGUCUCGACAUGUGAGAAUAUAGAUUGUUACCGCGGCGCAGAAUUGAUUACAAGAUACACUCUAUGUCUGUAUACUUUUAAAGAUGUUUGUUGUAGUGUCUGCACUCAUCUUUAUCUAGAAAAAAAUAAAUAAAUUAUGCAUAAUAAAUCCAUGUUAUUAUCUUCAUAUAGACAGUUUACCUCUGCAGGCAUAGCUGUGAUCUUUGUUGUUUCACACUGUUGUGGUAAAAAAUCAAAUUUCCAUCUCCUGCAGUCACGGGAACUUCCUUUGAAGAUCAAACUAAACACAAUAAACUGACAGCAAUGCUUUGUUUUACAAUUGUUUUAUUUGUUAAUUUAUUUCAAAACACGCAAUUUUACCCAUAUUAUCCUUUUAAGUUUUUAUUUUUCUGUAACAGUUAUUACUCAGAUUUUUUUCCUUCUCAAAAGUCUCAACUAGAGUGAAACUAAAAGUCCUCCACAGGCUCUCCGGCUUCUGCAGUGGGAGGAGGGAAAAGAGGCUUUCUGACCAGACAUUGCGAACGUGGUAUAUCCCUUGUUUUUGUAUGUAUGUGUGUGUGUGUGUGUGCGAGUGAGGAUUCACACCAGAGGGUGCGCGUGUAUAUUUAUGUAUGUGUGUGUGUGUGUGUGUGUGUUUGUGUUCAAGUGCAAUUGGUGGAAUGUCCACAUGGCCGGUAAAAUCACAGGACCCGUAGAGCAGCCCAGAGAGCUGAACAUUGUCUUCUAGGUUUGGUAGCCAGAUUGUCAUACCUCUGAUUUCAUCUUUGGUUUUCAGCAAACACUCUCAAAAGGCAGACUCACCCUCUCCAGCAUGUGCCUGUGUCUGUUUGUGUGUCUGUCUGUCUGUCCGAGUGCAAUAUAAGCCACCAUCUCCAGACGACUUUGUAAACUUGAGUAAGUACAAUGUGGGUGUCUUUGCAUUGAUUGUGGCCCUUCCUUGGCGCUGGGGGACAAAGACAGCCCAACAUUGUAGAACAAUGGAGCCAUGAGCGGGGAGGAUCGGCUUGCAAACAACAACAUGGACUCCAUUUUGAUGUCAGUGGCAGUUUGGGGCAUAUAUAUUCGUGUAAAGCUUGUACGACAUCAGUCUGGUGAAUCAUGGGGGUGCUGUAGUGCGCAUCACUCCCUCAGCCACUCUCUACUGUACCCAGAGUGACUGGAGGGGCUUCUCUGCCCGCUCUGGGCUCAGGGGAGGGGAGGGAAUGGGAACAUGUUAUGGAGGGUCAAACUGUGAGCAGGGAUGUCUAAAUGUUUGGGUGAGGGAGGACAGGGGGGAGAGAGAGGGUGGGGUUGAGGGUUGUACACUCUGACCCAGCAGCAACGAUUAAGAUUGGGGGGGUCAGGUGUUUGCAUAGUUCUCUGUGCAAAAGCCACCAACCGGAGCCAUUUUUAUUCCUCGCGGCUGGUUACAUCAUCAUUAGAUUAGCAGGAAAUUGUGGUGGGUGAAGGGAAAUAUGAUCUCUGCACCACAGGUUGCAUUUCUUUCUCCUGCAGUGCACUACAUUGUGGCAGUAGGAGUGCAAGAGGGUGAAAAGAGACGGGGUAAUGGGAGGAAAAUGAAUUGAAAAUGUCUUAUGAGUUUGGAGUGUGUGAGUGAGUGUGUGUGUGUGUAACUGAGUCACAUGGAGUCAGAUCAGCCUGCUAAAGGUUGAUAGAUAGAUGGAGGGUGGAUGGGGUAGCUGGGCAGUCGUUUGGCAGCCUGGCACUACAGCUGGACACUGUUCAGAGAGCCUCUUUUCCCUUGAUUUUGUUCCUCCAUCCUUCCCUUCCUCCUCCCCACUGGCCUGCCCUCUCUCUACCUUUUUUCUUGUUUUGAAACUGAUUGUCUUCUACCAUCACAAAGACACUUGGUUCUGAUUGAUUAACAGGUAACAGAAGAGGGAGAGCACAGUGUGACUGGGGGUGUCUACAUCAGUCCCACAGGCAACCUUUGAUCCCACACUGAAAUGCCACACACGUAUGCUGUUUGACAGUAAAUGCUGACAACAUUUCAGCUCGAGUUUUACCGGUUGCCGUGCGGUACUGCGGUUUGUUGGUCGUCAGUCAGUAAGAAAUGGUUUCAAAUCUUUGCAUGACAAAUAUUGCAACCCAUAAUAAAGGAACAUAAAAAAGAAAUACUUUGUCUUCCACAUAGGUACAAAUGAACACACAUACACAGAUUGAAGAAAAGCAUGUAGACAGACAUACAGGUAUAUUCAAGGCCGCUCGCGCCUGUGUGUGUCCCUCUGAUUAACUCCAAGUAAACAGCCCGUCUUUGGAAAAGCAAGACACACAUUUCAGGACCCGAGUGAGGACCGCAAGCUGAGGAAUGAAGAUUGAAUGCUAUUGAUUGGGAGGAGAGGAGUUUGACCUCCCCCAGCACACACUGCCCCCUACUGUCUGGAUUUAUAUACAUCAAAGAAACAUGGGGAAAGGGGAAGGGUUGCAACAACACAUGCACACAACCAGUGAAUCCAACAGUGACGGAAAUUCUAAAAACAAGGACCCCUCCAACGCCUAAAACCCGAAUCCUCCCACCCCCUUUUUUUAUGUUUUGAUAACCAAAAU